GAGCGUAGUAGUAAAAAGAGAGGAGGACAGCAAGAGCGUGCGCACACGAGGAGAAAGAGAGAAAGAGACAGAGAGGGAACGUAUACAGAGAGAGGAAUAAAGAAGGAAGAAAAGCGAGCGCGCGCGGUUCCGUUGGUUAGACAAAGAGGAAGGGAAACGGGACAGACAGAUAGAUAGACGGGGGUAAGAAAGAGAGCGAGGGCACGUAAGAGAGUGUGUAGGUGUUUCGAGAGAAGUGCGUGCGCUCGAGGACGACGUGCAGGAGGAGGGACCCCCGUCUGUCUGUCUGCUGGAAUGCACGAGGGCCGAAUGGCUACAGGGGCAGGGGAAGGUGGGGGCCACACGGCCCUCGAGAACACCACCGCGACGGCCCUUACGGAAUCAUCGUCGUCAUCCUCCUCCUCCUCGGUACCGACGAUUCUCGCCGAAAACAAUACCUCGACUAACCUACCUUUGCCGGGACCUCAACAACAGACCCUUCAUCAGGUACAACAGCAACAGCAAACUCAACAACAACAACAACAACAACAACAGCAAACGCACUCACGACCACCGAUCAACUUGGUCACUGAUCUGCCAGCGAAUGAUACAUCAGCCGUGCGGGCGGACCGAAUGAGAGGUGGUAGGAAUAAAUUUGGACCUAUGUACAAGAGAGACCGAGCGCGGAAGCUACAAAUGAUGAGACAACGGCAGCUGGCACUGCAAACGAUACGCGGCAGCCUCGGUGACCCAUCGAACUAUCCCUCCGCCGUAACGCCUUUCCUGCAUAUUAAACAGGAAAUACAAAUACCUCAGGUCUCGAGUCUAACGUCUUCUCCAGAUUCGAGUCCAUCCCCCGCAGCCGUGGCCGCUGGUCUGGUCACGACACAAGCUGGCAGCGGAGCUGGUCAGCAUCAACUGAUCGCACCGUCCUCCCAGCCAAACAUUUCUGGCGGUAAUCACCUGCACAACCUCAACCCUGGCCUGGAUAGCAAGCUAUGGGCUGCCAAUUCCACCACCCCUAGCCCGAAGGCCUUCAACUUCGGCGAACAGUCCACUCACGGGGCUGCUGGUUCCGCACCCUCUACCGCCACGUUGAAAACUAGUCCGAUGAUAAGAGACUUCGUUCAAACGGUCGAUGAUCGCGAGUGGCAGGCAUCCCUUUUUGGACUGUUACAAAAUCAAACGUACAAUCAGUGUGAAGUGGACUUGUUCGAAUUAAUGUGCAAAGUGCUCGAUCAGAAUCUGUUCUCGCAGGUGGACUGGGCAAGGAAUUCGGUAUUCUUCAAGGAUCUCAAGGUUGAUGACCAAAUGAAGUUGCUACAGCACUCCUGGUCGGAUAUGUUGGUGCUCGACCAUCUUCAUCAAAGGUUACACAAUAAUCUACCUGAUGAGACUACGCUUCAUAAUGGCCAAAAGUUUGAUCUCCUUUGCCUCGGCCUACUUGGAGUUCCUUCUUUGGCAGACCUUUUCAAUGAUUUGUCGUCCAAACUUCAGGAACUCAAAUUUGAUCUUUCAGACUAUAUAUGCAUGAAAUUCUUGAUGCUGCUCAAUCAUGAAGUUCGUGGGUUAGUUAACAAGAAACAUGUACAAGAUGGACACGAACAAGUCCAACAAGCUCUUUUGGAUUACACGUUGACAUGUUAUCCUUCUAUACCGGAUAAAUUUAACAAGCUGCUAGCAGUAUUACCUGGAAUCCAUGUGGUAGCGAGCAGGGGAGAAGAUCACCUUUAUCAGAAGCAUUGUAGCGGUGGAGCACCAACUCAAACUCUUCUCAUGGAAAUGCUUCAUGCUAAAAGAAAAUGAAACGAUAGAUUCGUUUGGCACUUUUGCCAUGAAUUAGUCUAUUGCUAUAUCUAAAAAAUCAAGAUAGAGCCCCUUAUUGUCAGAGUGGACCUCAAGUACCUAUUAAGAGCUAAUGCUGCUUAGGUAUUGGACCAAGUUCGGGGGUCUGGUUCAAAAGAUACCUAGGCAAACAAAUCAAGUAUAGACGUACAUACUUUACAUAUAUACAUAAUAUAUGUAUUAUAAAGUGUAUCUAAAUAUAUAAACAUAAUGACAUAUAUUUUCUAUAUUUGAUGUUGAAGUUUUAGAGAUGUAUCCAUGGAGAAUUAUUACCCCUGUUGAUGGGUACAAGCGCAGGGAAACAGUAAGCAAGAUGCCUUGAAAACAGUACAAAGGGUGGUUAACAAAAUAUUGGUCAAAGGGCAGGCAACUUUUGUCUAAAUAAGUAAAGCUAUUUUUCUAAUACUAGAAGCGAUUAUUUUUAAGCAUAUACCACUGAAGCCUUGCUCUCAUUUUAACAAAAAGAUAAUCCUAAUAGUAACGAACGAAAGAAAUUGUCGACUCUCCAGUCAAUUGUGCUUCUGCAAGGGAUUCAAUGGGCAUACUUGAACGACAGUAAAAUUUCAUGUGAUAUACUUAUAUAUACAUAUAUACAUAUAUGUCGCACGGCCACCUGGGCAUCCUUAGAACUUCCUAUGAAAAAUCUGCAUUUUGUCACACUUGCACACAGCAGGGCUACUACAUUGUAAAUACUAGUUAACACAUUCCAAUUACGUUGUAAAGUAUGAAUCAUGUUAAAUAUGUAAUUAUAAUAUUUUGUGUAUAGUUUAAUGAAAUAAAUAUAUUUCUGUUGCUUACUGAGAAAAAAUCAUUAGCUACUUAAUGUCUUCACUAAUUUUAGAGUUUUAUUCAUGUAUUUCUCUUUUAUUAUUUUUCAAAUAGGUGGCGGAAAAAGAAUAACCACAAAUUGCGAUAUUUUAUUAUUGUAUAUUGUAUCAUAAUAAAGAUUCUGUUUUAAGAAAUAAAAGAAUCAUUGGAGCAAGGUUUAUGUGGUCCUACAUUAUCUAGCGAUUAAUAUUAAGUAUAUAAGAUCAAUAUUGUCUUAUCGCAGUUGUUAAAUAGAUAAAUAUUUACUGAAUGUUAAGAUAGCGAUCGAACGUAGUAAUUUUUCACUAAUAGAUUAUUAUUGUUUAGUCAAUAGUCAGAAACUUUUCAGUGCUGUGAAGGUUGUCUUUUCGACGCCUGUGGUAUCUAAGCCAUCGGUAAUUACACGUGCUAGAUUCGAGGCUCAAGUGUGGCAACAGGAACAGAAAUCUUUGCUCGUACUGGUAGGCUGGUAGUACCACCCUUUGCAACUCCUACUGUUUAUAUCCUCUAUCAAAGAAGUACCUGGGAAAAAUGCUAUUUUACUACUUUCACUUUUCCACCGACUUCGAUAUAAGAUAUUAAAUAUAGAUUUAAACGAUUUAUUGAUGUAUGUAAAAAGAAAACUCGAUGCCACAUUAGAUUAAGAAUCGAGUGUUGAAUCAAAUCAGGAGGAGUAGCUGCGAGUAUUACUACCAUGAAAGAAUAUAUAUACAUAAGAAUAUAUAUUUUCAGAAGCUUGCAUGUACUUAUCGUGUGAGUAAAGAUUUGUGUCCAUGGAAAAAUUUUUGAAAUCUUCGAUAUAAAUGCAAAAUAUAUAUUGACAUGUUCCCAAAUUUUCAAAUCGCCUGGUUCUUUUAAUUGAUCGAUCGAAACAAAACUAGCUUGCAUUAUUAUUGGCUCUUUAAAUAAUACUUUCAAAACGGAUUGCCUUUAUUUAACUCGCAUAUAAAUGUCUACCUCUUCAUAACUGUAUUAAGUCUUACAUUUUUACAUUUUUAGUAAACCACAUACCUCAGAAUAGACACCCAGAUAGCAAAUUAAAUGGAAUGUAUGAAUGUUACCUACGUAGAUUUAAAAUCUACGACUUCUGUAAUAUGCGUAUCGACAGAAUAUAAAAGUUCCAUUCAAGUAUUGUACCCGUUAUAUUUCCAUGUUAACUAUUUUAGUUAUUAUUAUAUUUAUUCCAAAUUAGAUUAUACUUCCUUAUGAUAUGUGUACGAUAUAUUCCAGUCAAAAUUUAAAAAUUAUCAACGAAGUAUCUAAAGUCAUGUUUAAUCUUGUGUUGCUGUUUGGGUAAAAUCAAAUAAUAUUUUAUUUAUUGUACAUUCAUCUAUCUUCAAGAGUUCUUGUAGAACGUGUCGGUCUGAUAAUUUUGGAACAACUUACAAAAAUCGCAAACACAACUGUCUCAAAAAAAUGAAAAUUGUCUCUUCUAAAUAUUGUCCCCAAAUCGAUGAUCUUUGUAUGUGUCCAUCCUAUUUAAUCGUCCGCUCGAUUCUGUUAUAAAGUGUUUAUUAAUAAUUGUAAUUAGGAAAUAUAAUAGUGGUGUUAUAAGCAUUGUGUUAAAUAUGUACAGUUACCAAUUAUAAUUGGCAAACAAUCUAAUUUAAUAUCGAUGUGAUUUUUUGAUCCAAUAAAUAAUUGGAAUUAACAUUAAAUGAUGAACUAUUAUGCGUUGUUGACACUGCCAUUAGGAGUUGGCAAUUGUAAAUUAUGUAGAAAAAAAAUGAUUGAUUGUAAAUAUAUCUUUAUUAUUAACUGA